AUGGAGCCCGCACUCCCCCACCGGGGACUCGGCUACGCGGCUGCGCCGUUACAGCCACGAGCUACGACUAUACCAACUACGACGACAGCGACACCGGCCGGAGUGGCCACCCCAAGUUCAACGAUUUCCCAAUACAGCACGGGCCUCGAUGGCGUCAACCAAGUCAACAACAUGCUGUUCACCGAGGUACUUUGGUGGAGUUUAGGCAUCGUUGGCCUGAUCAUGCUUGUCAUCAGGAUAGGCGAACUCUCGUGGGCGAAGCUCAGACUGGUCUCGGCCAUGCCUUUGCCGGCAGAGAAGCAGGACUUUUGGAAGCGGACGCAAUGGAACAAAAUGCCGUGGUUGAAGAAGCAGCUUCUCUACGCGCCCUUGUGGAGGAAACGCCACAACCGCGAGAUCCGCCUCUCCGGCGCCGCGAACAUGGGAACACUUCCCUCUAGAUUCCACGCUCUCCUCCUUCUCGGUUACCUCGCCAGCAACAUUGCCUACAUGUUCGUCCUCCACUGGAAAGUCGAGAACAAGUACGCCCUCUGCGCCGAAAUCCGGGGCCGCUCCGGAACGCUGGCGGUCGUGAGCAUGGUGCCGCUCAUCAUCUUCGCGGGCCGCAACAACCCGCUGAUCGGGCUUCUCAACGUGAGCUUCGACACGUACAAUCUCUUGCAUCGGUGGAUGGGGCGGAUCGCCAUCGUCGAGAUUAUCAUCCACUUCAUCUCGUGGGCCAUCGUCCAAGUCGCCGACGGUGGAUGGAGCGGCGUCAAGGAUAGAAUCCUGGGCGAGCCCUUCAUUUCUUCCGGCACUGUUGGCACCGUGGCCAUGUUCCUCAUUUUGAUCCUGGCCUUCUCCCCGGUACGCCACGCAUUUUACGAGACCUUCCUCAACGUACACAUCAUCCUCGCCUUGAUCGUCUUCGUCUGCACCUGGGUUCACUGCGUCACAGCCGGCGUGCCCGGGGGCCUUCCGCAAACCAGUUGGAUCUUUGCCAUUGUGGCUAUCUGGGUCGCGGAACGAACUGCACGCAUGUUCCGCCUCGCUUACCUCAACUGGUCGAGCCACGGCUUCACCCACGCCACCGUUGAAGCCAUGCCAGGCGAGGCCUGUCGCGUCACCAUGCGCCUCCCACGGUUUGUCGACGUCAAGCCGGGCCAGCAUGCCUACCUUCGAUUUGCGGGCGUCAACUGCUGGGAAUCCCACCCGUUCUCCAUCGCGUGGUUUGAACACCACCAUCGCGACGACGAGAUGCUCCCCACCACCGAGAAGGAUAAGCCCCGCAACCCGGCGCAGGUCAUCGGAACCAGCGUAUCCUUCAUCAUCGGCGCCCACACCGGCUUCACCCGCAAGCUCUUCGACGCCGCUUCCCGCGCCCCAGGCAACCGCGAGAUCUCGAUGCGUGCCGCCUUCGAAGGCCCUUAUGCCGGCCACCACAACCUAGACAGCUACGGCCACUGCGUGCUCUUCGCCGGCGCGACCGGCAUCACCCACCAGAUGAGCUACGUCCGCCACCUGGUCAACGGGUACAACGCAGGCACCGCCGCCACGCGACGCGUCACGCUGGUUUGGAUCCUGCGCGACUACGAGAUCCUCGAGUGGGCCCGCCCCUUUAUGGACCAGAUUCUCAAGAUGCCCAACCGCAAGGACAUUCUCGAGAUUCGCCUGUUUGUCACCCGGCCCAAGAACGCCAACCAGGUCGUCUCGCGGUCGGCGACGGUGCAGAUGUUCCCCGGGCGGCCGAAUAUUCCGAUGUUGUUGGCGAAGGAGGUUGGCGAGCAGAGGGGCGCCAUGUGUGUGACGGUGUGCGGUCCGGGAGGGCUAGCGGAUGAUGUGCGGGAUGCUGUGCGCCAGGUGCAGGCGCAGAGGACGGUGGUGGAUUUUGUGGAGGAGAGUUUUACCUGGUGA